AUUGCAUCAGGUGGUGUUGGCCAUGAAUGCACCAUAAUAUGCAAAUGUAAAGACAGCAAUCGAUCUUUUUCUAAAGGUAGAAAUAAAUAACUCAACAAAGUAGUAAAAAAAAAUAAAUAAAUAAAAGAAUUGGUUCAGCUUGACAUUUAGUCAAACAUUAUUUUUAUUCAAAGUUUCAGAUUGAUUUGGUCUCUCUCUCUCUCUCUCUCUCUCUCUGUGCCCCGACCAAGGAGUAAGAACAGGACUACCAGGCUACCAGAGGGGUCUAAAUUUAUCAAAGAUCAUGGCAUCUUUAUUGUGUGUUCUCUUUGUUAUUUGCAGUGUUUUCAUUGUUAAAACUUCAGCAGCAAUGACUGGAAAUUCUUCAUUUACAAGAACCAGUUAUUUAUACUACCUUGAUUCAGGCCUUCCAUCAACAUGGUACAACAACAAUCCAGUGAUCAUGGAUGGAUGGAAAAUGAGGGUUUUCCUUGUAAUAAAGCAUUACAGUCGUAGUUUCGGUUUUUAUGGUGGAUUCUACUGUACUGCAAACAGCAACGACUACUUGUUUUCAGUUGUUGCUGUUGGAGAAGGCAGUCAUGAUGUAGUUUGGUCAGCCAACAUGGACAACCCCGUAGGAGAGAAUGCGUCAUUGCAACUUACAAGAGAUAAAGGAUUGGUACUACAAGACUCGGAUGGAAAUAUGGUGUGGUCUUCAAAUACAUCAGGUAAAUCUGUGGAGGGUAUGAACCUUACAGCAGCAGGAAAUCUGGUUCUCUUUGAUAAGAAAGGUGCCAUUGUUUGGCAGUCUUUUGAUCAUCCUACUGAUGCAUUGUUAAGUGGGCAGAGUUUACCCAAAGGUCAGAAACUAGUUGCGAAUUACUUUUCGACCUUGUGGAGAGAUGGUCCUUUUUAUGCCACAGUAACACCCACUGCUAAGUUUUCUGCAUUUUUCAAUACUAGCGAUGGUCAAUCUCUAAUAUAUUAUCAGCUAAAUCCGGAUAAGGAUUCAAGAAAUCGUUCUGGACUACAAUAUGUAGAGGAUGAACAAAAGGAAUUACUUGUGAGGUAUGGGACAUCUGAAGCAACAUCUCAACUUGAGUACAUUGAGUAUCUGAAACUCGAUAGGGAUGGGCAUUUAAGGACUUACCACUAUAAUACCACAAAGGGAUCUGGUACUGCCGGAGUUGAUUUGGUCACCCAAGAAUGCCCGAUUGAUCCAGAUCUCGUAGAGGUAAGGAAUGUAAGUCUCUCCAGCAUCAGCAAUUCAGAUAUUUUAAUUGAACAAGGCAUGACAGUAGACAUAUGCAAACAAGCUUGCUUGCGAAAUUGUUCCUGCAGUGUAGUUGUCUUCCUCAAUCAGAAGGAUGAAUCUUCAUAUGGGAAUUGUUAUAUGCCAUCUGAGAUUCUUUCAACUGGUGAAGAGAAUCAAACAACUAAUGGUUCCAAGUCAGCUACAUUUGUGAAAGUACUAAAUUUGAAUGGAUCAUCGAAUCCUUUACCACCUCCACCGCAUGCUUUGCCUUCAAAGCCUAAGAAAAAUUUAGUAGCAAUAAUAUCAGGAUCUACGGCGGGCGGGAUCGUCAUCAUUCUUCUAAUUCUCACAUCCCUGAUGAUGUUGCGAAAGAACGGAUUGCAGGAUGGAGAAGACAAUAUCAAGCAAGUUCCUGGAAUGCCAAUGUGUUUUUCAUUUGAGGUGUUAAAAGAGGCAACAGAGAAUUUUAAGGAAACACUAGGCAGUGGAGGAUUUGGAUCCGUUUUCAAAGGAGUGCUAGCAGAUGGUACAAGAAUUGCAGUGAAGCGGUUGGAUAAAAUGAGUCAAGGGAAGAGGGAGUUCUUAGCAGAAGUUGAGACAAUUGGAAGCCUGCACCACUUUAACCUUGUAAAGCUGGUUGGAUUUUGUGCAGAAAAAUCAUGCAGGCUUCUAGUAUAUGAAUAUAUGACUAAUGGGUCUUUAAACAAUUGGAUUUUCAUUAGAGACCAAGCACACAGUCUGGAUUGGCAAACUCGAAAGAAGAUUAUACUUGACAUAGCCAAAGGGUUAGCUUAUCUUCAUGAAGAUUGUCGACAGAAGAUAGUACAUCUUGACAUCAAACCACAUAACAUCCUUUUGGAUGAAUAUUUCAAUGCCAAAAUAUCAGACUUUGGAUUAUCCACACUCAUCGACAGAAAUGAGAGCCAAGUCCUAACAACAUUGAGAGGAACUCCUGGGUAUCUUGCUCCUGAGUGGCAACAAUUAAAAGUCACUGUAAAAGUUGAUGUAUAUAGCUUUGGAAUUGUUCUUCUUGAAAUUGUUAGCAAAAGGAGAAAUGUUGAUCGUUCACGGUCAGACUCUAGCUUUCACCUACUCCAAUUGUUGCAGAAGAAGGCUGAGGAGGACCAACUCAUAGAUAUUGUUGAAGAUUUGGAUGAAGACAUGGAAAAUAACAGGGAGGAAGUGGUAAGAAUGAUAAGGGUAGGAGCUUGGUGUUUGCAGAAUGACUAUACAAGGAGGCCUCUCAUGUCUACAGUAGUGAAAGUGUUGGAAGGAGUUAUGGAAGUUGAUUCGAACAUCGUCUACAUGUUUUCUCAUGCAAUGGCUUCCACCUCUGUUGAAAAUGACCAUAUUACAGUCGCACCACAAGCAUCUACUCUUUCUGCUCCAAGAUGAUAAAUCAUAACUGUGGUGGUAAAACAAAUGAGAGCAUUGGUAUGAUUUUUUACAUUAUCAUUUUUUUUUUCUUUUGGUAAUUUCACAAUUUCAAAAUGCAGAGCAAAAAAAGAAACAAUUAAAUUUUUUUUUUCUGUUUUAUUAAUAAUAUAUAUUUUUGAUUGUCUAUAGUUUAAAGCGCAAGGUAAUUAAUUAAGCCUAUAAAGAAUUUGGGAUGUGAUUGUAAUUUAAUUAAGUCACUUGGAAUAUGAAAUGAGAGGAACUUUGUGUAUAAUACCAGCAGGGCCAUCUUUAGUAUGCUUUUGCAGAACCACUGUUAUCUGCUCUUAUCCUCCUAGAUGA